UUUCGCCUGCAUCAGCAACACUGCAGUGUGAGGGGACAGCACACAGGCUGCAGGAUGCAGUGGUACCACAGCAAAUACAGAUAGAGAGGAGCAAAAGAGGGUGUACCUGGCAGUGGUGGCUGACCUUCAGAUCGGUUACAAGCUCACCAGGCUGUGAGUAGGAGUUUCUGAGCAAUACCUGUGAACAUCAAACAGUCUGGAGUUGUGUGUUUUGUCCUGUUGUGAGAGAUACCUGGAGCUGAACCGGAGAACCCUCCGCUGAUUGAGGGCCGGUCACAAUGGCGCAGGCCGCCAAACAAUUAAAGAAGAUAAAGGAUAUAGAGGCUCAAGCUGUCCAGGAGCAAAAAGAAAAGGAAGAAUCGGAUCGCAAGAAGAGAAGUAGGUCCCGGGACCGCAAAAAAAAGGCUGAUGCAGCAACCAGCUUCCUGCGAGCUGCCCGAGCUGGCAACUUGGACAAAGCAUUAGAGCAUCUGAGGAAUGGUGUGGAUAUAAACACAUGUAACCAGAAUGGGCUGAACGCUCUACACCUAUCCAGUAAGGAGGGCCACCUCAAAAUGGUGAGCGAGCUACUGCAUAAGGACAUCGUCCUAGAGACCACCACCAAGAAAGGAAACACGGCCUUGCACAUAGCUGCAUUGGCUGGUCAAGAAGAUGUGGUGAGAGAACUAGUUAACUAUGGGGCCAACGUUAACAGUCAGUCACAGAAAGGAUUCACACCUCUGUAUAUGGCUGCACAAGAGAACCAUCUUCCUGUGGUUAAGUUCCUGUUGGAGAAUGGAGCCAAUCAGAAUCUGGCCACUGAGGAUGGCUUCACCCCAUUGGCUGUGGCACUCCAGCAGGGCCACGAGAAUGUGGUAGCUCAUCUUAUUAGCUAUGGAAUGAAAGGAAAGGUCCGACUUCCAGCUCUACAUAUUGCAGCUCGCAAUGAUGAUACACGCACAGCUGCUGUCCUGCUGCAGAAUGACCCCAAUGCAGAUGUUCUAUCAAAGACAGGAUUCACACCCCUGCACAUUGCGGCCCACUACGAGAACCUCAAUGUUGCGCAGCUUUUGUUGAACCGAGGAGCAAAUGUUAAUUUCACACCCCAGAAUGGUAUCAGUGCGCUGCACAUCGCCUCUCGUCGAGGUAAUAUUAUUAUGGUUCGACUGCUGUUGGAUCGUGGAGCGAAAAUAGACGCACGCACCAAGGAUGAAUUGACCCCUUUACACUGUGCUGUGCGAAAUGGACACCUGCGGAUAUCAGAGAUUUUGCUGGAUCAUGGGGCACCCAUUCAGGCCAAAACCAAGAAUGGUCUAUCUCCUAUUCACAUGGCUUCUCAGGGUGAUCACCUAGACUGUGUGCGAUUGCUGCUGCAGUACCAGGCCCAUAUUGAUGACAUCACUCUGGACCACCUGACCCCACUACACGUGGCCGCUCAUUGUGGUCACCAUCGUGUGGCCAAAAUUUUGCUGGAUAAAGGAGCCAAACCAAAUGCCAGGGCCCUGAAUGGCUUCACACCCCUACACAUUGCCUGUAAGAAGAGCCACAUUCGAGUCAUGGAGCUUCUCCUGAAGUCUGGAGCCUCUAUUGAUGCUGUCACAGAGUCUGGUCUGACUCCUCUCCAUGUUGCCUCCUUCAUGGGACACCUUCCCAUUGUUAAAACUCUGUUACUGAAGGGAGCAUCACCUAACGUCUUCAGUGUGAAGGUGGAGACCCCUUUGCACAUGGCGGCUCGUGCAGCUCAUGCUGACGUUGCAGAGUUUUUACUGCAGAACAAAGCAAAGGUGAACGCAAGAGCAAAGGAUGACCAGACUCCCCUGCACUGUGCUGCCCGUUCUGGUCACCUGGAAAUGGUUCGUCUGCUUCUUGCACAUGGCGCUCACCCAGAUCCCCCCACCACCGCAGGUCACACUCCUCUGCACCUUAGUGUUAGAGGAGGACACAUCCAGACCACGGAGCUUUUGCUGGAUAACCAAGCGGCACACACAUCUAUGACCAAGAAAGGUUUUACUCCCCUCCAUGUGGCAGCAAAAUAUGGGAAGCUCCAGAUUGCAGAGAUCCUGCUGGAGAGAGGUGCCCACACCAACAGUGCUGGCAAGACGGGGCUGACUCCUCUUCAUGUUGCUGUUUAUCACAAUCAUCUCAACAUUGUGCGACUUCUGCUAAACAAAGGGGCAUAUCCACACAGCAGUGCCCGGAAUGGGUAUACCCCUCUCCACAUGGCAGUAAAACAGCGCUCAGUAGACACGGCCCGUGCCCUGCUGCAGUUUGGAGCAUCAUGUAAUGCUCAGUCAUUACAAGGGAUCACGCCUCUGCACCUCGCAGCUCAGGAAGGACAUUCUGACAUGGUGACAUUACUUCUGAGCAAACAAGGAAAUGUACACCUAGGAAACAAGAGCUCGCUCACUCCACUCCACCUGGCGUGUCAAGAAGGUCAUCUGAACGUAGCAGAGAUCCUGGUGUCACAUGAUGCAUCUGUGAGCACAGAGACACGGAUGGGGUACACUCCACUUCAUGUUGCUUGUCACUAUGGGAACAUCAAGCUGGUGAAAUUUCUACUGCAACAUCAGGCCAACUUAAAUGCCACCACCAAGUUGGGUUUCACUCCCCUUCACCAAGCUGCUCAGCAGGGACAUACAGACAUUGUUACCCUGUUGUUGAAAAAUGGAGCAUGUCCUAACCAAGCUACCAUGAAUGGGAUUACGCCUUUGGCCAUAGCAAAGCGUCUAGGAUACAUCUCAGUGACAGAUGUUCUGAGUCUGGUGACAGAUGGACCACAGGCUCAGCUAGCCAACGAAAAGCACAGGAUGAGCUUCCCUGAAACUGUGGAUGAGAUGCUGGAUGUGUCUGAAGAUGAAGGAACCACCCACCUGCCUCUUCAUGGGGAGGAACCUCCAGACUUCCGACCUCCCCACCCAGGCCCUCGGGAGCCAGACGAAGACACUGAUAUGGAGUUCUUACCCAAGCUGGACCAGGUAGUGGGGUCACCUGCAAUACCCAGAAUUCCAUGUGUAACCCCAGAAACAGUGGUGCUUAAAGACGAUGAAGCAGAACCAUUGUCCAGAGAGUUAGAUGAUGAGUCUCUAAUUCCUAGCAGUCCAGCUACUGAAACAUCAGAUAAUAUUAGUCCAGUGGCCAGUCCUGUCCACACAGGGUUCCUGGUCAGUUUUAUGGUAGAUGCUCGUGGUGGCUCAAUGCGAGGAAGUCGGCACAAUGGGCUACGUGUCAUCAUUCCUCCCAGGACUUGUGCAGCACCUACACGGAUAACAUGUCGCCUUGUGAAACCGCAGAAACUUAAUUCCCCGCCGCCACUUGGUGAGGAGGAAGGACUAACUAGCAGGAUCAUCGCACUGGGUCCCACAGGGGCACAAUUCUUGAGUCCGGUGGUGGUAGAAAUUCCCCACUUCUCUUCAGUGGGCCGUGGAGAUCGGGAACUGGUCGUUCUGCGCAGUGACAAUGGUUCAGUAUGGAAAGAGCAUCAAAAUCGUUAUGGAAAGGAAUAUUUGGAAGAGGCACUCAGUGGGAUGGAUGAAGAGCUAGAGAGUGAAGAAGAGCUCCACAAGAAACGUCUUUGCCGGAUUGUCACCACAGACUUCCCUCUGUAUUUUGUGGUGAUGUCACGGGUAUGCCAAGAUUGUGAACUCAUUGGGCCAGAGGGGGGCAUACUUAAAAGUCGACUCGUACCUCAUGUCCAAGCAACCUUCCCUCCAACUGCUGUCACAAAGAAAGUGAAGCUUUCCCUGCAGGCUCAGCCUGUGCCGGAUGAGUUGGUGUCAAGGUUGCUGGGUAACCAAGCAACGUUUGGCCCUAUUGUCACUGUGGAGCCCCGUCGCAGGAAAUUUCACCGGCCGAUUGGACUGCGCAUACCACUGCCACCAUCUUGGAAGGACAACCCCAGGGACAGUGGAGAAGGUGACACCACCAGUCUUAGACUGCUCUGCAGUGUGACAGGUGGCACUGCCCCUGCCCAAUGGGAAGACAUUACAGGAACCACAAAACUGGUCUAUGCCAAUGAGUGUGCCAACUUUACCACUAAUGUGUCUGCCAGGUUCUGGCUGUCUGAUUGUCCACGCACAGCUGAAGCAGUGUCCUUCUCCUCCCAGCUCUACCGGGAGCUCAGCUCUGUUCCAUACACAGCACGAUUUGUGGUCUUUGCUAAAAUGGCUGAUGGGCGGGAAGGAAGACUUCGCUGUUAUUGUAUGACAGGAGACAAGCUGGAGAAGACCCUGGAACAGCAUGAGAACUUUACAGAAGUAGCACGCAGCCGGGACAUAGAGGUCCUUGAUGGAACACAGCUAUUUGUAGAGUUGUCGGGGAAUCUCAUACCUUUAAAAAAAGCUACGCAACAAAGAAGUUUUAUUUUCCAGGCUUUUAAAGAGAACAGGCUGGCUUUACCUAUCAAGGUGCGUGACAGCAGCCGUGAGCCAUGUGGGUCUCUCUCCUUCCUGCGGAAGGCUAUGAAAUAUGAACCAUCGCAACAAGUGCUCUGUCACUUAAAUGUCACUAUGCCACAAUACACACAGGGCCCAGGCAGUCUGGACAGAAGAAGGACGCUGACCCCACUUGCUCUAAGAGAGCGGUACAGCCUGCUGAAUGACAGUACGAGGGGCUCCCUCAGUGGCACAGAACGCAUUGAGAUGAAGAUGGCUGUUAUUUCAGAGCAUCUUGGUCUGAGCUGGGCCGAACUCGCCAGGGAGUUGCAGUUUGAAAUGGACGAUAUAAACAAGAUCCGUGUAGAAAACCCCAAUUCCUUGCUGGAGCAGAGUGCAGCUUUGUUACACCUAUGGGCAUCCCGUCAGGGCCCCAGCGCAAAGUUGGAAGACCUGUAUACAGCUCUACGUAACAUUGAUCGCAGUGAGAUUGUCAACAUGCUGGAGGGAUCCGGACGCCAGAGUCGGUGUUUGAAGGGGGAGCGCCGGUAUACGAACAGUGAUGGAUCCAUUUCCCCUUCUCAAAGGAAUGGUCAUCCCUUGACGCAGGAUGAGCUCCUAUCACCAGCCUCUCUCAACUACUCCCUUCCCUCCCCUUUGAGACUGGAUCAGUACUGGAGUGAAGCAUCAAUUUUGGAUGGAGUUCCCAUGGCAACAGCUGAGCCUGAUGGGGUGUUGGACAUCCCUGAACUUCCACUUUGGGCCUCUGGUCUGUCUCCAUCUCUCGUGGCACCAGAAGACUCAUCACUGGAUUGCAGCAAAGCCGAGGAUGAAUGGGAUGCCCAACCACGUCCAUCCUCGGGCUCCCCUGACCUGGAGUUGGAGGAGGAGUCAGAAGCUGGAGGCCCAGAGAGGGUGCAAGCUCGGAUUACUGAGACCCCAACAACAUGCAGAGUGGUAUCGGGCAGUGUAGAUAGGGUUCUCGACUGGAAUCCAGAUGCUGCUGUUCAAAUCCCACCUCGACAUUCUCCUCACCAUGAUAAUGGUGCUCCUUUAACUUAUGAGGAACUUCAUCUGCCAUUUAAAGGUAGUGCUAGGAUCAGAGUCACUCAGCAGAGCACUACAUACAACAUAAGGGGGAUGAGGGAGGGUAAUGAAGUCCCUGACAUUCCUGGGGAACAGGUGACAGAGGAGGAGUUCACAGAUGAGCAGGGGAACAUUGUGACGAAAAAGACAGUCAGGAAGGUUCUGCGCAGAGUGGGACCCCCAGGGUCCACAGAUUUAGGGGACAAUGAAGAUAUAAUGAUUGAGGGGACCCUACAGGAACCAGAAGAGCUGGAGAGUGAGACUCCCAAUUAUCUGAAGUAUGCAGUGUUACACAGAGAGGCAGAGGAUGAACAUGACUCUCUGAGGUCAGAGGUCGGAGAUGGGAGGAAAGGGGCACAGAUUGUGAAACGAGCCGGCACUAAACGGGUGCAACAGUGAGACCCCAAUACUAGGAUGCCCCCAAUUACAGGGAGACGCCCAGAACUUCACCUCAAGUACAAGCUACUGAAGCUGACCCAUCUGCCAUUUACUGCACCUCACGAAUAAUGAAUCAGUACAAAAUUUAACUCCUUCUCGCUCAUCUAUAAGCAAACACUCCCAAGUCAAACAGAGGGGCCCUCCCCCUCCAAAGUCCGAAGCAGAUGCUCGCCCCCUGUAUGCUCAUGGCAUGAAGACUUGCACCCUGCAUGUUACCAAGUAAUGUGCAUGUGAUGACAUUUGGGAAGAGAAGAGAGUGGCCCCCCUUCCUGCUCCGUCCUUUACUGCGUCCAUAUUUUUAUCCCCUGCUAGGGGGGGCAUUUAGAAAAAUUAACUGGAAAAAUGGGUGUCACUUCACCUUUUCCUGUCCCAACCCAUCCCAGCUGCAGAAAGCUUUGUGUCUCAGUUACUACUGUGUAUAAAAGUACUGAGUAUGUCUAUACACUCUCCAGCAGCAUGGAAGGGGGGAUUUCCUCCAAUCAUUUUACUAUCUGUCCAUCGACAAACAGCAAUAGGAGUAACCCUUUGCCUGGAUAGAUCUAUGUUAUCCUAAAGGCCACAGGGCACAGCACAAUGUCGACAGGGCAGACCUGGCAAGGGUUCUGCAUGUUGCAGUUAAUUUCUGUUACGUUUCCUUCAAAGCGAAAGGGCUACAUGUUAGAGAUACUCAGUAUCAUUAUGCAGUGAAGCGUUUUCACUCGUAGAGGGCUAAACAAGUGUAUGUAGAUACUCAGUACCAUUAUACAUUGCGGCAUGUUCUUUUUUCAGGUGGUUAGGCAUUUAUAGAGGCACAUUGCACCAUUAUACAGUGCAGCAUGCUUAUUAUCAAGCUACUGGUAGUGCAUACAGAUACACUGCAUUAUUAUACAGUGCAGUAAGUUUAUUAUGGGGGAUGGAAGUGUAUAGAGAUACUCAGCAUCCUUAUACAGACCAGCAUGUUUAUUAGCAGUGGCUGGGAGAGUAUACAGAUACUCAAAUCAUCAUACAGUGCAGCAUGGUCAUUAUCAGGGGCUGAAAGUGUAUAGAGAUACUCAAUAUCCAUAUACAGUGCAGAAUGUUCAUAAAAAGGGGUAGGGGGGGACGGGCAAGAAAUUGCCCCCCCCGACUCAGGAAUGUGGUUCCAGCUUUAGGGGGGGAGGGGAAGGAUUCUAUAUAUUAAGAGAUUUAGCCUACCCCCCUCCCCACUACAGUUACCCCAGACCUCCAGUCCCACUCUGGAGAGAGAAAGCACUCACCCUCACGACCUCUCCAAUGCUCUUUUUAGAUGCAAUUUCUGAUAUGCAUAAGAAGCUGAUUGUACAAUAAAUGCUCAUAUGGGAAUAAAUACUAUGCAAUAUAAUCUAA